GUUGGAUAUGUACAAUGCCGCUGUACAGUUAAAAAGAAACUAAACCUUUUAUUGCACAUUGUUUGAUUAAAUUCGCUAUUGAAAAUUCACAGUUGCUCAUCCACGCCCGCACUAAUAUUGUGAAUAUCGCUGCUGGUUGAGAGUUUCACAAACCCGGAUCUUGUGCACCAGCUGACCCAGAGUAAACACUGACUGAGAGGAAGGGUGAAGUUUCUGCUCUCGGUCUCCGUAAAGCUCGCGAAAGCGAUUUGCAAACAUUGUAUCAUCGCCAAACGCUGGACGAAAUGACCUCGUUCAAACGAAGUGAAAGUGACUGGCAAGGUUUAGUAAAUGAGUUCUUGAUAUGCAAACGUAAGCUGGAGAGCAAGAAGGACGCUCUCCUCAUUCUGUCCAAAGAGCUGGACAGCUGUCAGCAGGAGAGAGACCAGUACAAACUGAUGGCCAACCAGCUGAGAGAGACACACCAGAACUUGAAGAAGAAAUACAGGGAACUAAUUGAUGGCGACUCUUCACUUCCACCAGAAAAACGUCAUCAGGUCAGUCUGGCUCAGUUGUUGAUGGAUUCGAGGGAGAGAAAUAAGCAGCUUGCUGAAGAGAUAAAGGAACUGACUCAGAGACUCACUGAGACACAAGGAGACAAUAAGCUGUUAAGAAUGACCAUCACCAAACAGAGGCUUGGGGACGAUGAAGUUGGGGUCAGACAUUUUCCUGCUCAUGAGCGCGAGGAUCUGGUCAGGCAGCUGGAGAAAGCAGCACUGCAUAGAGAAGAGCUUGAACACAGUCUGAAGACGGUGAGCGAUGAACUGCAGGAUAUAAAGGCAGAGAGGACUGUGUUCAAGGAGAAGGCCGAACGUCUCAACCUCGAGCUGAACCAUAUCCUCGGCGGCCAGGAGAAACGCAUCAUUGACGUGGACGCCCUGUGCAUGGAAAACAAAUACUUGCAAGAGAGAUUCAAACAAGUUCAAGAGGAGGUCAGUCUGUUAAAGAGUAACAUACAGAAAUAUAAGACCGCUCUGGAUCGCAGAAGAAACCCUGAGAUUGGUGGCAAGUCUAAAAGCAGUGCUCUUUCUGGAGUCCUUUCUCCUAAACAAGUGCAGGGUUUGUUGUCAGAGAAUAAUGGUUGCAGUUUACCAGCCACACCUCAGUCUAUCGCAGACCUGAAGUCUUUAGCGACAGCGUUACUGGAAACCAUUCAUGAGAAGAACAUAAUCAUUCAGCACCAAAGACAGACCAACAGAAUUCUGGGAAACCGAGUUGCUGAUUUGGAGAGAAAGCUGAAGACUCUGGAAAUUUCUGGACUUUGGAGUCUCCCAGGAGGCAGAGAUGCCAUCACUCUGAGCGCCGCUCCUCUGUCCUCCGUCGACCAUCCAGAGAAAAGCACUAACCCACGACCUGCUGCAGAUGACAGGACAGGAAGAGGAGGGCCAUCGCCGUGGGAGCAGGACACAGCUGGCGGUGACAGCUUCCCCAACAUGUGGCGCGGCUCCCGCCCCGGUCCAGAUGGAGGCGGAGAGGAGGUGGACACACCUGUCACCCCUGACUUCGGGGAGGAGAGCGUCUUGUGCGGGACAGACAUUGGGAGGCAGACUAAUGGGCAGGUCAGGACCGAGGUGAAGGAGGGUCCUGUGGAAAAAAACACGGGCGUUUGCACAAAAACGCGUUCCGGAUGGGGAAGCCCGGCUGUGGAAGAAGGUGAGGUUUUGGCAGAGCUCUGUCUGAUAGCGGAGGAGGCUGAAGAUGCCGCUUUGGCUCUGGAUCCUGCACAAUUACCGUCAAUUACUCUUGACCAAACCACCUGGGAAAAUGUCGACUUUCAGGCCUCUGUGGGACUGCCCAGAACUUGCUUUGAAGAUAUUUCGGAAGGUUCCUCCAUUAAGAAGGAGCCUGUUGAGCAAAGUGACUCUCUUCUUUUAUAGGAGGGGGAAAUAAAGGUGAAGGGUCUGAUUUAUUGGUUGGAUACAAAGCAGAUGAAUAAAAAAAUCUGUAAAACAAUCCAUAUUACAUACGGUAUAUAAUAUUGAGGCAAAAAAAAAAAAAGAAAUUGAUUUUCAAUGUUUUAUGU